AUGUCGCUAAGACCUGUAAAGGAGCCAGCACCAUGUGCUUGGGACCAUUGGAUGCUUUCUGCUAAAUUCAUCGCGCGGGAGGAAUGGUUCGUGACCGGCGAUGGAUACGGUUACAUCCAUGUGCUCUCAUCUGCGAUGAUGGAUGAAAUCAUGCAGUUCAAAGCUCACACGGGCUGGGUCGAAUCACUGGCCAUUCACCCGAGUCGCCCGCUUGUGCUAUCAGCAUCCAACGACAGCUUAAUCAAGCUAUGGAACUGGAAGACUGACUGGUCAAAUCAAAUCUGGUGUUGUUCUUCUCCCGUUCCUAUUGCUACAUUGGACUGUGAUGGUGGGCUGAUAUGUGUUGAUUAUUUUUCCCGUGGGGGUGAUCGACAAUAUGUGGUUACCGGAUCCGACAAUGGGGUUGCACAGAUUUGGGAUUUGCGGACAAAGAAAUGUAUCCAAGAACUCGAGGGACUCCGACAUAUGUCUGGGGUCAAUGUUGGUGUGAUCGAUGGCAUGCAAGGGCAUCCUGUUCUAAUAACAUCUUCAGAUGAAUAUGCUAUUUCUUUGCGCAACUACAACACCUAUGGGUAUGAGAGAACGAUGGACUUUAAGCUCGAUAGGGUUCGUGGUGGUUUUGCUUUCAUUAAGGCCAUAAAAAGCCUGGUGAUUGGAUUUGACGAUGGAUUUGCAAUAGUGGAAAUGAAUUAAUUUGGCACUAAAGAUUGUGCUACUGUUGAAAGAAAAUAGCGGCUGAAUAAAAGUGGUGCCA